AUGAAUCAAACGCAGUCGUACCUGGAUAUGCAUCCAGGCUCACACAUAUCUUCCGGACCUUCAUACUCCCACGCGGGUUCUACAGCGCCGUUGGGCCAUUAUCAGCAUUAUCAACAACCUCCAAUUCCCGCAUCGUCACAUUACGGGCCGCCUCCGAGCUAUGGGACUUAUGCUUAUACGAACGGUGUUACUUCUCCGCAGUCUGCCACUGGGCCGGUGGCGCAGCAGGUAUCCCAGAUCACUUCACUUCCUGCUAUCAUGACCGGUGCUCCCAAUCCUCAACAUUCUUAUGUGACUCAAACGCCGGGCCUGCCCGCUCCAAACCAAGGGUUCCCUCAACAGCAGCAACCUUUUGAUACUACUGGCCAAAUUGCUCCACCGGGCAUGAAACCGAGGGUAACAGCCACACUCUGGGAAGACGAAGGUAGCCUGUGCUUUCAAGUGGAGGCUAAGGGGGUUUGCGUGGCUCGCCGUGAAGAUAACCAUUUCAUCAACGGAACAAAGCUCCUCAAUGUUGCUGGAAUGACCCGGGGACGUCGAGACGGCAUCUUGAAGUCUGAAAAGACCCGACAUGUGGUUAAGAUCGGGCCCAUGCAUCUGAAAGGAGUUUGGAUACCUUUCGAACGUGCUCUUGAUUUUGCCAAUAAGGAAAAGAUUACAGAUCUCCUGUAUCCACUUUUCGUGCACAAUAUUGGCGGUCUACUCUACAAUCCUGAGAAUGCGUCUCGCACCAAUGCAGUCGUGCAAGCAACAGAGCGCCGUCGGAUGGACAGUGUCGAUUCCACUCGUCCAUCUCAACCCCAGGCGCCGUCACUCCAGCAUCACAAUAGCAUGCCGGGUCCAAUUCAAGCUCCGCCCACACCGCACUCGAUUGCUCCGCAUCCGAAUGCACCACGUCCGGGAAUCGACCGUGCACAUACCUUUCCGACUCCUCCAACGAGCGCGUCGAGUGUGAUGGGGAUGAGCAGUCAGGGAACUUCAUACGACUGGGGCACCCAGGGCUUGACGAAUGGCGCACCGGGAGCACAGCCUCUUUCCAUUGACACUGGCAUCAACGCUCGUUCCAUGCCUACAACGCCUGCGACGACUCCACCCGGGACUGCUGGGCCAGGGAUGCAAACUUACCAAGGACAGUCAGGUUACGAGAAUUCGAAACAUUACUAUAGUACUACGCCCAGCUCUCAAACCGGUUAUGCGCAUCAUCCUGACGGAAGCCGGUACGGCCAGCCUAUGCAGACUGUUCCGUAUGGGAAGACUGAUAUGGGCCCACCAAUUGCCCCAGGAAGCGCUGGUGCUGGAGCAGAUGGGCAUGACCCGAAACCUGAUGCGUAUACCGCUCAGAGCCAUUCAUCCCAACAUGAAAGUGACCAUCCAGACAGCGGUUACAUGAGCGCGAAUCCCUCUGCUUACAGCACGGGCCGGCAAUAUACAUACAGUGCCACAGGUGAGCAUCCACACAUGUCUCCUGAGCAGAUGUCGGGCUCUCCAACGCAUCAGGCUGGCUCCGGUCAUGCGACACCAAGGACCAUGCCUGCAGGUCAACCACAAUGGACAGGAGAUUAUAAUACUCCACCCCGACCUCCCACUUCCAGCAAUGUAUAUAAUGUGAUGGGCGGCCGGGAUCGUACUCCGCAGGGAGGGCCAACUGACAGCUAUGGGAAUCCGACAUAUGCGACUGCCGGCCAUCCCACGAGUGUGUCUUCGGUGAAACGAGGGCGAGAGGACGAUGACCAAGACCGUCCCAGCAGCCGAGAAUACGACGGUUACGAUCCGAAACGGCGCAAGACAGCACGACAAGACACGUACAGCAUGCCCCUCAACACGCCUCCCCACAUGCAAGCAAUCAAAACCGGUGGACAGCGGUAA